CCACCACCACCACCCUCCCCACCACCACCACCACCACCCUCCCCCCACCACCAAUGCCGUCACCUGGACGUCUGACGUCGCUGGUGGACGGCACGGGUCCCCGCGUGGGUCCGGAGGGUGCCGAGGUGGUGGGUGGGGGGGUUGUGGGGGGGGUGGUGGUGGUGGUGGGGGGGGCGGCGGGUGAUGCCCCCCACCACCACCACCAACCCCCCGCCCACCACGAGCAGGUGUUUGGUGAGGAGGUGGACCCAGAGCAAGUGUACUACGACCUCCAUCACGUCGGCCACGGAAACUUUGGCUCCGUCCACUUUGCUCGGCAUGCUGAUACCUGUGAGAUCGUCGCCAUCAAGAAGAUGAACCUCACCAGUGGGGGGAGACGCAGCGCUGAGCGGUGGAGAGACACAGUAAAGGAGAUUGAGCUUCUGAAGAGGUUGAAUCACCCCAACGUCGUUGCAUACAGAGCAGCCCACCUCGUUUGCUCCACAGUGUGGCUCGUCAUGGAGUUCUGCCUCGCCUCAGCAGCCGACAUCCUGGAAGUGUGCCAGGCUGAUCUGACGGAGGCCGAGAUCUCCGGCAUCGUGCUGGGAGCCGUCGGCGGGCUCAGCUACCUCCACCACCUCGGAGUUAUCCAUCGGGACGUGAAGGCCGGCAACGUGAUGCUGAGUGCCGAGGGGGAGGUGAAGUUGACCGACUUGGGCUCCGGUUCCCCCUCCUCUCCUGCCAGCACCUUUGUGGGGACCCCCUACUGGAUGGCACCGGAGGUGAUCCUAGCGGUGGACGUGGGCCACUACGACUGCCUCGUCGACGUCUGGUCACUGGGGAUCACCUGCCUGGAGCUGGCGGAGGGCCACCCCCCGUGGUUCCACACGAACGCGAUGAGCGCCCUCUACCAAAUCGCUCAGAGUCCAGCCCCCACGCUCGCUCACAAACACUCAUGGAGCGGUGAGUUUGCGCACUUUGUGGAGUUGUGCCUGGAGAAGAACCCCAGCAAAAGGUCCACCUCCACUCAGCUGCUACAGCACGACUUUGUGAGGAGAGAUGCUGUGGGCCCGGAUCCCGGAGCGGUGCUGCGGCUGCUGGUGGCACGGGCCAAGCGCGCCCUCCACUACCUGGACGACGUCUCCUUCCGCCGCAUGAAGAAGUUCCUCCUGCUGGACCCCCCGGAGCUGCUGGAGGUGGAGGAGGAGGAGGAGGAGGUGGAGGAGGAGGUGGAGCAGGUGGAGGAGGAGGAGGGAGACACGGAGUCGAGAGACACUGGCGGUCUUAGCGAGGAUCUGUGGUUGGGUGACUCUACGGAGACCUCCACCAGCGCCUCCCUGCCGCUCGGCGCCUCCCUUGACGGAGCCUCCACCUCCUCCUCCACCGUUGAGAGUGAGGAGUCCCUGUUUGAGGAUCUCGCUCCAGAUACCCCCCCUCCUGAUCCAACGACUCCUCACGAUGUGGGAUCUGCGUCGACCUGGCGAUCGACAGUGACGCAGAACCGGCCCCAAGUGACCGACGCUGACCGUGAUGGCGGUGGUGGCGGUGGCGCUGAUGGCGAUGGUGUCGGUGAUGGCGAUGGUGUCGGUGAUGGCGAUGGUGUCUCCAUGGUUACGGCACAGGGCGAGGAGCGUCCCCAGGACGUUCCCCUGGCCGAGGACGAGUCCAUCCGGGGAUGCCGAGCUGCUGCUGUACGCAGGAGGAGUGGGGAGAGUGCCGGGAGAGGCGCAGUCAGGGGUGGUGGUGGCUUGAAGCCCUCGGGCUCCCUGGAGCAUCUGCCCCUGGGUCAGGUGGCAAGGCGCGAGGUCGGAGGUCACGGGGUCACGAGGUCGUCGUCGCUACGGCUACGGAGACCUCCACGGCACCCGGCAACCACGGACCCACGCAAGCGAGUGAGCUGGCUUGGCGGACACUCGGUGGAGCGCCAGCCAAGUCCCACCGGCACCACCGGCACCACCGGCGCCACCACCGGCACCACCACCGGAGCUACUUCCACCACCACCACCACCGGAGCUACUUCCACCACCACUACCACCGGAGCUACCACCACCACCACCACCACCGGAGCUACCACCACCACCACCACCGCCACCGGCGCCACCAGAACCUCCUCCCCGCACGCCGUGGAGCUGCCCAAGCGGAGGCCCCCGAGGCCUCCCCAGCGGUCGGCGCCGCCGGCCCGCAGCUCCGGCUGCUGGGACCGCACACCGGAGGCGGAGGCCCCCCCCCGGCACGACCGCGGCGACCGCGGCCGCGGCGGCGGCGGCGGCGGCGGCGCCGUGGCGGUGAGAGCCGGCGGGAGGGAGGAGCGCGGCAGCCCGGACGGCCGCUGCACCCCACCGGCGGCCUCCUCCUCCUCCUCCUCCUCCUCCUCCUCCUCCUCCCGCCGCCUGUCCCCGGGGACCGCCGCGGCCGCCGUUUGUCGGCCGCGGCCGGCGCCCUCCCUCGGCGACGUCGCCCGGCGGCCAUCGCCGUCCACGCCGCCGCCGGACGCAGCUCCUCCGGCUCCUCCUCCGGCUCCGGCAGUGGCUCCGGCGGCGAAGGAGCCGGAGGAGGAGCCGGCAGGCGACGUCACCGCCGCCGGCGUGGAGAGCCGCCCGGCGGUGUCCCUGCCGGCGGCCGGGGUAGCGAGCGAGACCCCGGCGGGGUUGGCGUGCGGCCCCCUCCUCCUCCCCCUCCCCCUCCUCCUCCUCCUCCUCCUCCCCCUCCUCGUCCUCGCCGGCGCCGGCGCCGUCUCUCCCGCCGGCGCCCCCCUGGCGCUGCUCUCCUGCGCGGUGGCGCUCUGCCUGCCGGCGCCGACGCCGGCGCCGAUGACGCCGACGCCGACGCCGCCGACCCGGAGGGGGACGAGGGGGGCGGCGGUGGCGAGGGCGGCGCUGGCGGCCCAGCUGGUGCUCGCCGGCGCCGCCCUCGCCCUGGCGGCGCUGCGCUGGCCGCUGGGCCUGGCCCCCGCGGAGGCGGCGGCGCGCCUGGGCCUGGCGAGCGAGGGGAGCCUCUUCCGCCUGUUCCCGCGCGCCGGACGGCGGGCCGGCGGCGGCCGCAGCCGGAUCCCCGUGCCGUCCCGGCUGUGCCGGGCCGACGGGGCGGCGGCGACGGGGGCGGGGGGGCCGCCGGCGGCGCUGCGGGCGCUGGUGGCGGCGCUGACGGCGCCGGCGCUGGCGCUGGACGCGGCCGCGGCGUCGCUGGCGCCGAGCCUCGGCGGCUGGAAGUUCGGCGGCGGCGGCGGCGACGCUGAGGCGGUGGAAGCUCCAAGCCGGAUACCGAGGUACCGGGGCCGGGCGCCGGGCGGCGGCGGCGGCGGCGGCGCCGGCGGCGACGCCGAGGCGACGGCGACGCCGGGGGCG